UCUGCCAAAAGGCGAGCAAGCUGUCGAUUAAUAAUUGUGCCUCAAUUGAGAAGUCCAUCAGCUGCCAAAAAGAAGCACCAAUCUUGUUUCCUCAACAACUCGUCCUCAAGCUAAUCUAGCUACCUCGUAGUAGUUCAGAGACAACCAAUAACGGGAGUCUCCAUCACAACAGUAGACAAUCUAUCUAUACCAUGCCGAUUACCAGUGCUAGCAGCAGCAAGGGGCCGUCUCCGUCCAUGAGAUCCGAGAGUGGAUCUGCCAAGAGCAAUGGUAGAAGUGAUCUGGACCAUUCGAUUUUAGAGGCAGCAUCGAUUGCACAGACCGAGACUCGAACCAUUCAAAUCCUCCGCUGCGCCGUGAUGGUGGUGCUAGUGAUGACAACCAUUCUAGUCUCCACUGGCAUUUUCAAAUACACCCGUAAUCAAGAGGAAGAGAAAUUCAUUUCUAAUUUCGAGGACAAUGCCGUCCAAGUCAUUGAAUCUUUCCACCAGUUGGUCGAACGACACCUGGGAGCUGCGGCAUGGAUGUCCACGGAGAUCACCUCGUUUGCGCUUCAAGCCAACCAGACUUUUCCGAAUGUCACCGUACCUGAUUUCGCUCAGCUUGGAUCGCAUUUUCGAUCCGUCUCGGGUUCGCACGUCGUUCACUACAUGCCGUUAGUAAGCAACGAUCAUCGUGAAGGUUGGGAGGAGUAUGCCAUGGACCAUCGAUUCCAUAUUGACGAGGCAUUUCAGCAAGAUAAAAAGCACCGAACUACCCAGGAUGAAGCUUUUGGGAGGCAACGGAACUUACAACAACAGCCAGGAGGUGCCAAACUGAACAUGACCGUGCUGGACGAGGAGUCAGGAUAUCACCCCAAGAUUUGGAGGAACGGUGGGAUUGUCGCCCCUGGGGAUGAGCCGGAAGGAAGUGGGCCAUUCAUACCGCUCUGGCAACGAAGCCCCAUUGACGGUGCGAGACAGCGAGUCUUGAAUAUGAACUUUGCUCAGACCAAGGCUCUCAAAGCUGGUCUGAUAGAGUCCAUGGUGAAAGAAAAGAAGGCAGUGCUGAAUAGCGCAGCCGUUCCAAUUCCGGAAAUUAGGGAACGGCUGGAAGCCAAUCUUCGUCUUUCGCAGUUUCGGCACAAUAUCGAGGAGUACGUCGACGGGCUCAGCACGUUUCUCGCUUACCCAGUCUUUGAUUCCUUUGACGAAGACAAAAGAGAGGUGGCAGGUGUGCUGGCCACAAAUAUCUAUUGGAAAAUCCUAUUUACCAAUCUGCUGCCAUCCUUGUCCCAAGGGGUGAUUUGUCAGGUUGAAAACUCGUUCAACCAGACCUUUGCAUAUCAAGUGGAUGGCGAUGUUGCAACGUUCCUUGGAAUGGGAGAGCACCAUGGCUCAAAAAAGUACGCUGACCUUGGUAUGUCUACCGAUGUCAGCCAAUACCUGCACAUGAGAGCAAGCCCCCAGAAUCGGGCAUACUCCACGAUUCCCCUCAGCAGUGAUGCCAACUAUGUUCUUCGAGUCUACCCUUCCAAAAACAUGGAGGAGCAGUACAUUACAAAUGAACCCAUCCUCUACACGGUUGUUGCCAUUUGCUGCUUUGCGUUUGUGUCUAUUCUAUUUUUGGCCUUCUCCUGUGUUGUUGAAAGGCGACAGCACAUCAUGAUUGAGAAAGUGCUAGAGAAUGCCCACAAAGCUACCACAGCAGAGAGGGAGCUGAAUGAGUUUUUGAGCCACGAGGUGAGGAACCCUCUGUCAGCUGCCAUAUCUGCCUGUUCCUUUAUCACCACCGCUGUCAACGAGCCAAACCCAAUGUCGACUCCCGAAAGCACCGAACUUGUGAGGGAGGACAUUGAAGUAGUCAAUUCGAGCCUCCACUUCAUCAAUGACUUCCUUCGUUCGAUGCUUGAUAUCCACCGCGCCACUGGCAAUCAACUGAAGAUUACAAAAUCACCAACUGAUCUUCUACGAGAUGUGCUGGAACCAGUGUCUGCAAUCUUGUACAAAAGAGUAGCAAACUUUGAAGUGAUUGUUUCCUGCCCCGAGAACCUGUUUGUGUUAACGGAUUCAAUCCGUUUGAAGCAGGUUGUUUUGAAUUUGGCCCGGAAUUCAUCCAAGUUUGUAGAAAGGGGCUUUAUCAGAUUGAGGGCUGAGAUUCUCAAGAACAAUCAAGUUCAACUCUACGUGGAAGACUCUGGUCCUGGAGUACCAUUGGAAAAGAGAGACAAUCUGUUCCAAAAGUACCAGCCAAGCUUGGACCUCCUUCAUCAGGGUACUGGAUUGGGACUCAGCCUCAGUCAAAAACUCAUGACUUCCAUGGGAGGGAGCUUGUGGCUGGACAACUCUUUCGACAGUGGGGUGGAGGGCCAACCAGGGGCAUGCUUUGUAAUACAACUGAAUUCACCACCACUCAAGAUUGAAUCCUUGGUUAUGACGGAUUGUGAGAGUGAGCCGUCCAACGACGUGGUUGCUGCCGAGUGCAAUCGCUCUAGCGGCAGUACAGUAGACGCAACAAAUCAAAAAUCCACUGAUUCGGCGGCAGCAGCUUCGACGUCGGGACCAAGUGACAACGCGACAAUCGGCCAGCAGGGAUCCAACACCACGAAUGACAUCUCGGCGGAACCACCACCUCGGCCACUGUCGGUUGAACCUGUGUCUCCUCAAGCUACCGAGCUGCCAACCGAACUGCAAGUCUUGUUUGUGGACGAUGAUUCCAUGGUUCGAAAACUGUUUGUCCGUGCAAUUCGAAGAGUCCAGCCAUCAUGGUCUAUCCAGGAAGCGUCCAGUGGCGAGGCUGCCCUGCGAUUGUGUGAAUCUCUAGAGCGGCAGCCAGAUUUGAUCUUCAUGGACCAGUACAUGGCCUCUACUGAGAAACAGCUCUUGGGAACUGAAACUGUUCAAGCCAUGCGAUCCAAGGGAGUCCAGAGUAUCAUUUGUGGCCUGUCUGCGAACGACAUUCGAAAUCAUUUCAUCAAUGCUGGCGCAGAUGAGUUUCAACUCAAACCAAUCCCGUGCAAAGUUGAUGAGCUGCGAACACUGUUGAUUCGAAUCUUGGAGACUAGACCACUAUCGGAGUUGGCUUAG